GGCUCUGGCUCCGGCUCCGGCUCCGGCUCCGGCUCUGCUCCAUCUCCAUGGGAGAAAGACAAAGGAGGGGAGACAACUCAGACCCACGAUAUCGUUCAUCUUCUUCGGGUUGGAUGUUCAUCUGAGAGAAUCGAAAGAAUCCCAUUCCCAUGUUUGUUCGUGGGUCUGCGUGAGUGCUCUGUUGGGAUCAACAAACCUUACCAUCGGUCAUCCUCUUCCCAUAACUUGAGGUUCCUCUCUGAAUCUCCAGUGGACCAAUUUAUUGUGAACGGUAGCUGCAGAAAUUUGACUCUAAUUCCCAUUCAUCAGUGGAAGGGAAAACUUUCAGCUCAUAAAAGGCCACUUACAAAUAAGGCAGCAUAUAGGUGCAUAAUGUCGGUGGAUCCUCUCCAAUUGGACAUUAUACGAAGAAUCUCAGAAAAAAGAGCAAUGCAUGUUGAGAACAACCCACCUUCUAGGGAGUGGACAUAUUCUAAUAUGUCUGGAAAUUUGGAGGGUGAAUAUGAAUCUACUGAUAGUGGAGACGUUGGAGGGCAAGCCAUGGUUAGUAAUGUUGUAGAUGAUUCAGUAUUGUCAAUUGGACCAUCCAUUGAUAAAGAUAUAUCAAGUACGGACAUUGUUCUAUAUGAUCAAUCCAAUCACGUUUCAGAGUUGAUCUGGAAGGGUGAGAAGAGACGUGUGCUACGGAGUAAUGAGCAUAGUCGAACGUCCACUGAGUGGAAGUUGAGUAAAGAGCAAAACCGGUUAGUUGAGAUUGCUGGAUUCAAAUACUUACGCCUUAUAGGGCAUUUCCAAAUGGAUCGGUGUCUAUUGACAGCAUUGGUGGAUAGGUGGCGAAAUGAGACUAAUACAUUUCACAUGCCACAAUUUGAGAUGACUAUAACUUUGGAAGAUGUGGCAUAUAUUUUGGGUCUUAGAGUAAUCGGGAAGGCUGUUACUGGGAAAAUGUACAAGGAGGCUGAGGAUAUACUAGGCAUGGUACUUGGACAACAUCCCUCAGAUCCUACCAACACGAAGGCUCUACGGAGUGGUUGUGUCAAGCUAACAUGGUUGAGGAACCAAUUUUCCCAUCUGCAAAGCAAUGCUUCUGAAAUAGAUGUUAUUCGUGCUACCCGGGCAUAUUUGUUGCAUCUUCUUGGAACUACCAUAUUUGCUAACACAUCCGGAAAUAUGGUUAGUGUUUCAUAUCUACCAUUGCUUGCUGAUUUCGUUGAAUGUGCUGAAUAUGCAUGGGGCGCUGCUACUUUAGCUUUCUUGUAUAGGGCAUUGAUGCGUGCCUCAAGGAAGAACACUGCUAAUAUUGGAGGUUCAAUGACCCUAUUUACAGUAUGGGCUUAUGAGCGCCUAGGGGUUGGUAGACCAGACGUUGUUCGCCUAUGUAGGCCUUUCCCCCGAGCUGUUAGAUGGAAAUGCCGGCGUAGAACUGACAACAUUCAUAAUUGCUAUAGACUGUAUCGGCAAGAGCUUGAUCAACUUAAGGAAUGCGAGAUUGAACCUGGUUUCUUUGCAUCAUUAGUAGGUUAG